AAGCUUUGUAGCUGUAAUGUAUUAUGAUUAACAAGCCUAAUGAGAAACCCCAUCAAACAAGUUCUAUUACUCUCCAGCAAAGAUUCAAAGGGUGGUAACAAAACAGCUGCCAGCUAAGUAUCUUAAAUUUCAGCACAAAAUGACAAACACAUGCACUUGCAUAUUCUCAUUUUGAGUAGUGAUUCAGAGCAACCAAUUUUGUAGCACUCAUCACGGAUUUUUUCCAUUAGCAUUUGCUUCGGUUUUUACUUUUCGAGCUUUUAUUAGUUGUUAUUUUUCUUUAGUUAUCUUUCAUACAUAUCUUAGUUAACCAAUUUCAGUGACCAAAACCUUUUUCACUUCAACACUAGAAGUCUAUUUCAACUCCUUAAAUACAAUGAUCAAGUUUUCAACAUGCAAAAUCUUGAUCACAACCCUUACUAUUCUUCUUCAACAAAACUUGGUCUUUUCAAAAUGCCACUGUGAUAACCAAACACAAGGUUCGGAUCAUAAGGUAUCCGAGGCACUGAAGUACAAGUUGAUUGCUAUGGCAUCAGUUUCAGUUGCUAGUCUAAUUGGUGUGUGCCUACCAAUCUUUGCCAAAAACUUUUCACUUGUGAACCCAAAAAAUGAUUUGUAUUUGUUGGUUAAAGCAUUUGCUGCUGGUGUGAUCCUAGCCACAGGGUUUGUACACAUACUUCCUGAAGCUUUUGAGGCCUUAACAAAUCCAUGCAUAGGUGAAAAGCCAUGGAGAAUGUUUCCUUUCUCAGGGUUUGUGGCAAUGGUAGGAUCCACUGUGACAUUAAUCAUAGAAACUUUGGUUAUGGGGUGCCAUAAAAGGUCUAAAAUGACGAAAGCACAGACAAUGAAUUAUGAUGAAGAGACUCAUGCAGAUGAUCGUAGUAAUCAUGUUCAUAGCUCUUCACUUGCAUCAGAGAGACAAGAUUCGGCAGAUCUUCGGAAUGUCAUAGUUUCUCAGAUUUUGGAGUUGGGUAUUUUGCUGCACUCGAUCAUUUUGGGGAUAUCUCUUGGGGUGUCUGCAAAUCCUAACACAAUCAAGCCUUUGGUGCUGGUAAUAAGUUUCCAUCAAUGCUUUGAAGGCAUGGGACUUGGUGAAUGCAUUUCUCAGGCACAAUUUAAAUAUUACAAGAUUGCAAUUAUGGUACUAUUCUUUGGCCUCAUUUUCCCAAUUGGAAUUAGUAUUGGUAUUGGCAUAUCAAAUAUUUAUCAUGAAAGGAGUCCAAAGGCACUAAUAGUUGAAGGGUUUCUGCUAUCAGCAUCUGCAGGGAUCCUCAUUUACAUGGCACUUGUUGAUCUUCUUGCCAAUGAUUUCAUGAGCACAAAAAUGCUUAGGAGUUUUAGGCUUCAACUUGGGCCAUGUUUUGCACUUCUUAUGGGAUUGAUUUGUAUGUCAAUCUUGGCAUUGUGGGAAGAAGCCUAA